AUGUCAGAUUCUAUUCACCGGAGAAGAGUUCCAACUCCCCUCGGAAACGGUGGCCGGAGCCUCAGGACGAGAAGGACGGCGUCACGAUGCGUUUCCGAUAAGAAUUGUUCGAAACCGACUAAUCACGUUUUCGAGAGAAGCUUCUCAGAGCCAAGUCUCAACCGAGAAAAUAAUAUGCUGCGGCGACCAUCGCCGAUGAGAGGUUUACCAACGGAAGAAUCCGACCCGAUCGUUUACUUGCCUAGGAUUCGCUCUGAGGUUUUCGCUUCUUCUUCUCAGUCGUUGUUAUCUUCGCCGUCUUCUCUAUCUCCGAUCAAUCAAGAGGGAAGUAAAAAAGAAGCACCAAAAGUAGUGAUCAACGUAGCAGUAGAAGGAAGCCCUGGACCUGUAAGAACAAUGGUCAAGUUGAGUUGCAACGUCGAAGAAACGAUCAAACUCGUCGUGGAAAGAUACUGCAAAGAAGGACGAACACCGAAACUCGAUCAAGGUUCUGCUUUUGAAUUGCAUCAGUCACACUUCAGCAUCCAGUGUUUGGAAAAGAGAGAAAUAAUCGGAGAAAUAGGAAGUAGAAGCUUCUACAUGAGAAAGAGACCUCAUGAAACCGGAGUUUCUUUCGCCGAGAAAACGAGCCUUAUUCCGUCGUCGAAUUUGAUCGGAUUGUGCAUUGCUCAGAUCAUUGGGAAAUUCAUGAGGAGAAUGAGAAAGAUAUGGAACAUAUUGGUUUGUACGCCAUGA